UGCACAAUCGUUAACAAAUGUGCUAAUGCUUUAGACGCAGAAGUAGAAAAACCCUUCUGACUGGCUACUGAAAGUGUAAAAAGCUUGGACAUGAGCUUUGAGCUUUAAGUUGCUCUACAGUUUUGUGUGCAAAAUGCUCUUGAAGUGGUCUUCGGUUAUUGAAUUUAAUCUUUUUCUUCUAAAAUGGAUAGGACUGUGGCCUGGAGAGGACUAUCAAUUAAAUAUGUAUUCUUUCUACGGCUUUUCUGUUAUUAUAUUGAUACUUUGUGGCCACACCUUAUCUACAGGCUUGACUUUAAUUUUGGACUCAGGCGACAUUGACACUUUUACAGAAACAAUGUUUAUACUAAAUAUUGAAUUUAUGACAGCGUGGAAAGCGUUAAAUUUUGCAUUAAAUCGAAAAAAGUUCAUGCAGUUACUUGAUGCAAUUGAUAAGACAACGUUUCAACCCAGAAACGGCAAACAAGUAACUUUGGUUUUACGAAAUAUUGAUGGAUGGAAAGUAAUGUUCAAGAUGUUUGGAAUAUCUCUUGGAUUGUCUUUCAUUUUUACGGGUUUAUUACCGAUUUUUAGUAAAACUUACAAAGACCGGAAAUUACCAAUGGAAGCCUGGUAUCCUUUUGAUUCAACAAAGAGUCCAUUUUACCAAUUAUGCUACGUGUAUCAAAUGGCAGCUGUUGCAGUUGCAGUUAUGGUUAUUCUUAAUGUGGAUACGCUAGUUGCUGCCAUGAAUAUUUGCAUUGGGCUCCAGUGUGAUUUGUUGUGUGAUAACUUGAGAAACCUUCACACUAACACUUCGAAAAGUAUGAAUCAAAAAUUAAUCGAGUGUAUUAAACAUCAUCAAAACAUUAUUAGUUUUGCUGAAAAAUUUAGACAAGCUUUUAACUGGUCAAUAUUUUUGCAAUUCUUCGUAAGUACAACUUCUCUAGGAAUUGUCAUGUUUAAAAUAACUAGGGUAAGCCACGAAACCAUUAAAUCACGUUUCAGCACCAAAUUUCAGUUUUCACUUUAUGUUUCUGAAUAUUAUCGCUUCAUAUCGUACGCUUGUAGUGUUUUAGUGCAAGUUUUCAUCUAUUGUUGGUUUGGAAACGAAGUUAUAGUUAAGAGUAGUAAAAUUCCGUACGCUUUAUUUGAAUCUGACUGGACUCAAGAUUCAUUGGAGAUGAAAAAGAAUAUGAUUGUGUUUAUUUUACGAACACAAAAAACAUUAAAAAUCACCGUUUGUCACGUGUUUGAUCUUUCAUUACCAACAUUCUUAACUAUUUUGAAAACUGGAUGGUCCUACUUUGCUUUUAUGAACCGGGUCACGUCACCGCAUUAGAAAAAUAAAAAAAUAAUAAUGCUUAUCUAAAAUUAUUCUAAAAUGUUAUAACAAUUUUUUUUCUUAUUUAAAGGACGUCCAAGAAGGGUUAAUAUUGAUGAUUUUGAGGUCAAACAUUAAAAAGUCUUUAAAUAGCAAACAUAAAAAAUGUAUUUUCUGUUUCAAAUGUUCAAAUUAAUAAACAUUUCAACUGCAACUAUUAAAAAAAGAUGAAAACCUAAAGUUGUUUUCUUAUUCUUUCAAGCUGAACCAAUUAUUUUUAGAACAAGAGUGUA